GCAGGCUCUUCCACAGGUACAAGGAAGCAGAGAACAGCAGUGACUACAAAACUGAAAAGAAGCACCAUGAGUACUGCAGGCAAAGUGAUAAAGUGCAAAGCAGCUAUUGCUUGGGAGCUGAAAAAACCCCUGAGCAUUGAGGAGAUUGAAGUAGCACCUCCGAAAGCACAUGAAGUCCGCAUUAAGAUUUUGGCCACAGGGAUCUGUCGCUCAGAUGACCACGUGAUCACUGGUGCUUUUCCCAUGCCUUUGCCAAUGGUGCUGGGCCAUGAAGCAGCUGGAGUCGUGGAGAGUGUUGGAGAGGGAGUGACUUGUGUGAAACCAGGAGAUAAAGUAAUUCCACUCUUUGUUCCACAAUGUGGAAAAUGCAGGACUUGCCAGAGUUCCAGAGGCAACUUGUGUUCUUCAAAUGACCUUAGUUCAAGUAGCGGCUUAAUGCCUGAUGGCACCAGCAGAUUCACAUGCAAAGGAAAGAGCCUCCACCACUUCAUUGGCACCAGCACCUUCACUGAAUACACUGUGGUGCAUGAAAAUGCAGUGGUCAAAAUUGAUCCUGCAGCCCCCGUGGAAAAAAUAUGUCUGAUUGGCUGUGGGUUUUCGACCGGUUACGGGGCAGCUAUGCAGACAGCUAAGGUAGAGCCUGGUUCUAUCUGUGCUGUCUUUGGCUUGGGUGGAGUUGGCCUCUCAGUAGUCAUGGGUUGUAAGGCAGCUGGAGCUUCCCGAAUCAUUGGAGUUGACAUCAACAAGGAUAAAUUCCCCAAGGCUAAAGAAAUGGGAGCCACAGAAUGUAUCAACCCCUUGGAUUUCAAGAAGCCCAUCAAUGAAGUGCUCUUUGACUUGACUGAGGGUGGAGUAGACUAUUCCUUUGAAGUGAUUGGGCGCACUGAAACCAUGAUGGCUGCCCUCGCUGCCUGCCAUGAGAAUAUGGGGACCAGCGUCAUUGUGGGGGUGCCCCCAGCUGCAUGUAAGAUCACUUACGAUCCAAUGAUGCUUUUCACAGGCCGCACCUGGAAAGGAUGUAUCUUUGGAGGGUGGAAGAGCAAAGACUCUGUCCCGAAAUUGGUUUCAGACUUCAUGAGGAAGAAAUUCAUUUUGGAUCCAUUAAUCACUCAUACAUUACCUUUUGACAAAAUCAAUGAAGGGCUGGAUCUGCUCCGAUCAGGAAAAAGCGUCCGGACUGUCUUAACAUUUUGAGCUGUUGAGGCGAAAAAACCAAUUUCAGAAUAUUUUCUUAAAUUGCUGAAGUAUCCUAUCUACAGUUUUUAUAAUAACAGUUUGUGAUGGAAUUUUACCCUUCUACUUUAUCUUCAUGGACCAAAUGGAUGUAGAAGACUUAAGAAACUCAUUUUAGAAGAAAAUGUUAUAAGCACAAUGUUGAAACCAUAUAUUCAUAUUUUGCUAACUAGAUCACCUUCUCCAGCUUUAGAAAUACUACCCUCCUAUUUUCUAAUCAAGGAUCUCUCUCUCUUCUCCAAAUAAAUAAAUGCUACAAACAUAGUUCUAAGUCUUUAACAUUUUCUUGUUAUGCCAGCAUUUUUCCAAAUAAAGAAAAGCAUUAUAUAUUGGA